GGCGGAACUGUCACGCCAUCUACAAUCCAUCCAACAAUCGCAAAGGGCCGGACGUGUGUUUCUCUUGAUGGAAUUUGUGCUUGUUGAUUGUUUUGCCUGUAUUGGCUAAAUUUAUUUACGUUUGACUUGAUUGAGACUGUCUUUUGUUUAACUGACGUAACUUUGCGGCGAAAAGCAACGACGCUGCAAGUUUUAAACACAUUUUAAAGUUUUCGCAAGUGGAUUCUCAAUGCAGUCCGCCCAAGUGCAGCAGAUCCAACACCAGAUACCUGCAGGAGCUAGUGUCAUCUUAAAGAUGAGCGAAAUUCCAAGUAUUGGGCUCCUUGAACUUGCACACCGGGAGUAUCAGGCUGGAGAUUAUGAAAAUGCGGAACGUCAUUGUAUGCAGCUGUGGCACCAAGAGAAUAACAACACUGGAGUUCUACUUCUCCUUUCAUCAAUCCAUUUUCAAUGUCGUCGACUAGACAAGUCUGCCAACUUUAGUGCCUUGGCAAUCAAGCAAAAUCCUUUGCUCGCUGAAGCAUAUUCUAACCUUGGCAAUGUUUACAAAGAACGUGGUCAACUUCAGGAAGCGUUGGAAAACUAUCGCCAUGCAGUACGUCUAAAACCUGACUUCAUUGAUGGCUACAUCAACUUGGCAGCAGCCCUUGUUGCUGCUGGAGAUAUGGAGCAGGCUGUCCAAGCUUAUGUAACAGCACUACAGUACAACCCGGAUUUGUACUGUGUGCGCAGUGACUUAGGCAACUUGUUAAAAGCCUUGGGAAGGCUUGAUGAGGCCAAGAUUUUAAAGAAUGUGCCAAAUGCAGUGCUGUGGCUUCUGCGUUUCCCUGCUGUUGGUGAAUCCAACUUGCAAGCAACUGCCCAGAGCUUGGGUCUUGGCCCCAACCGCAUCUUAUUCAGCAAUGUGGCAGCCAAGGAAGAGCAUGUCCGACGAGGACAACUGGCUGAUGUUUGCCUUGAUACUCCUCUCUGCAACGGCCAUACUACAAGUAUGGAUGUUCUGUGGACUGGCACACCAGUUGUGACAUUGCCAGGAGAAACAUUGGCAUCAAGAGUGGCAGCAUCUCAGUUGGCAACUUUGGGUGUCCCUGAAUUGAUUGCCCGCACAAGACAAGAAUACCAAGAUAUUGCAAUUCGGCUGGGCAAUGAUCGUGAAUAUUUGAAGUCUAUCCGAGCCCAGGUAUGGAUAGCAAGGUCAGAAAGUCCUCUCUUCGAUUGUAAAAAAUAUGCGGAAGGAAUGGAAAUGCUUUACGACAGAAUGUGGGAAAGGCAUGCACGUGGCGAGAAGGCCGAUCAUGUUCAUGCCAUCAAGAAGCAAAUUUGCUGAAUUCUUCCAACUGAGCUUCAGAUCCACUCUUUUCUGUUCUAUCUAAACUUUUUCAAAUGAAUUGUAUGUUCUUUUUAUUACUGAUAAUCUGAGCAGUAUGCUUUGUGCUGGUUCUUAGAGUUUUGUAUUUGUAUAUAGUUGUUAAUUCUUUAUGGUUCCAGUUAUCUUAAGUUUACAGUGAGUAGGAGUCAAAACUUUUCCCCUCUGUCUUUUUUAGUUUUAUGGCCAUUUGAAAGAGUUUAGGUUAUUUUUUCUUUCACUUUUAUUCCUCUGUGAUGCACUUUUCAUUAUCUAUCAGUUGGUGAAGCUUAAGACUGCAUUAGGAAUUCUGUAUUCCACCAUUUGUUUCUUUGUUUGUAAAUAAACCCGCAACAAUUAACUUUGCUGCAAGUCAGAUUAUUUCGGUUCAGUUAACCUUUAUAUGGUCAUAUUUUUGACGAAUCUCUCCAUUUUGUCCUUACUUGUAGCUCUUAUGUUAUGCUUCUUUUAUUUCUAAUCUACAUUAAGUAGCUUGGUUGUUUCCUCAGAAGCUUAAACUGUUGAAGUAUCAGAAAGAGGACCAGCAGCAAAUGGAUUGAUCUGGAAAGAUGAAAAAUAUUAACUUGACCACCUCAGAGCCAAGUUCUAAGUGCAGGCUGCUAUUGUUCAACAAGUCUGAAAUCAUAUUUUAAUUGAUAUUUUUUGACUAUGUUCCAAAAUACAUAUUGCAAGUUGUAAUAUUGUGUACAGACAUAUGUUUAUGUAUGUAGAGAUACAUUACAGAAUGAAUGAGUGACAAAUUGUACCUAUUAUUGUUCUUGAUUGAAGUGUCUACCUUUUCAUACAAGUUGGCUAGUAUUACUUGAAAAUUUUGUGUGAUAUAUUAUUCUGUAAAAAGUUUAAUUUUCGUUUGAUACUAUGUCAAUUUGUUUGUGUAUUGUGAUUUUUAUUUCAUGUCACAUUGUAUUCUAAAAAGUGGUACAAAGCACUUUAUUUUGCAGUAAUGCAUGUGCGAAUAUUGCAGCUCACUUGAAAGUCCCUUUAUUCCUGUCUUGUAAUUAUUCGUCCCAGUUGAGUUUUGCAUAUAAAUGUCGUCCUACAUAUAAAUUUAUAAAUGUGAAUGUAUGUGUGAGUGAAAGCGAGUGUGCAUAUGUGUCGAUUCGAGCUGUAUUCGCACAUGUUAGAUUGCUGUGAUUACAUUAUUUAUUGGCAGUGGUAGCUUUGCCCUGCCUUCUUUGUGGAGUUAGCGUGGAGUCAAGCUUUUCCCACAUCGUUUUAGUGUACAUAGUUAACGAAAGAAAAUAAAGUCUUUCCAGUAAUA